CAUCACUGUGGCCACUGACAAGGCGGCCAUUUUUGCCUCCCCUCGGCGGUUGAAACGGCGCGGUGGCGGUGUUGGCUUUAUAAGUGCCUGGAGAGUGUGGAUAAUAUAUCUGUGAAGUUUUCAGUGGGAGGCAAACUGCGAGGGUGAGGCAGGCGGUACCAGACUCGAUGAGGUUACACCGAAAUGUCAGAGAAGUUGGGCCAAAACGCAAAAUUAAAGGAUGGGAAAACAAAGUAUGCAACCCUCAACCUGUAUAACACUUACAAAGGAAAAUCUUUGGAGACUCAGAAAAGCACAGUUGCUGCUCGCCAUGGAUUGCAGUCACUUGGAAAAGUUGCUAUUACAAGGCGUAUGCCCCCUCCUGCUAACCUUCCAAGUCUAAAAGCAGAGAACAAAGGUAAUGAUCCGAAUGUGAUAAUUGUACCCAAGGAUGGCAGUGGAUGGGCUUCCAAACAAGAUCAGAUUGAAGAAGAGAAAGUACCUGAGGCAACAGUACAGCAGCCUAAGGUAGGCUCAUCUGUCAUACAAGAGUCAAGCGUAAGGUCUUGGGGCAACACCAAGCAGGGCGGCCAGGUGAAUGGAGCUCCACUGCUGCACAGCCAGUUCAAUCAUGAAUUUCCAAGCCUGCAAGCUGCUGGAGACCAGGACAAGGCCAGCAAAGAGGUAGCAGAGGAGCCUUACGGACCUGGACCUAGCCUACGACCUCAGAACGUUGCCAUUUGGAGAGAAGGUGGAGGUCGAAACCUGAAUACCACCCCCAUUCCAUUAGAGCAAGAUAACUGCAAAGUCUCUACCUCUGAGGACGGAGGUAUUGUGGCUGCAGGUGGUACCUCUGACCAGAAUGAAACUCGGAAAGGAAGUGACACUCAUGAUAAACGGGACGUGCGGCCACUUGUAAGUGGCACACAGCCACUUCAGCCUAAGCAAAAUGGACAGCAGUCUGGUUUGGCACCUCCACUUUCUUCACAGUUCCGGGGAAUAAUGCCUUCUUAUAUGAUUGGUCCUUGUACUAGAGUAACGCAGCCUACCAUGCAGGGACCAAACAGGUUUCCACAGCCUUCAGCAGAGACUGGCAAGAAACAGAUUCCUCCAAAGAUUUCCGUUUUCGUUUUUGUAGGCCAAUACCACAGUGUUGCAAGCUGUCGGUUUUUGUUAUGGGAUGAGAGGCUGUCUAAAACGGAACGUGUACGAUCAAGAAUGUCUGACAGUGGUGAUGGUCAUAAAGAAAUGGAUGAUCGUCCAGGUGGCAAAUCUUUGAGGAGUGAAGGACAGGUUCCCUCACAAACAGGGUCUCGUGGGUCCUUCAGUAAAGGCCCGCCAUCUGAUCAUCAGCAGCCAUCCUCAGGACGUCAGAUUGGACAAGGUAGACACAUGGCAGUUUCUUCCAAGCUUGUGGGAUCCGACGAUGACGAAGCGUGGAAGCAGCGCCGGAAACAGCAGUCUGAGAUUUCUGCAGCCAUUGAAAGGGCCCGCAAGCGACGUGAAGAGGAAGAACGACGCAUGGAGGAACAAAGAAAGGCAGCAUGUGCAGAGAAACUAAAACGGCUGAAUGAAAAAUUUGGAUCAGUGGAAAAACCUUUUGUGGAGGAACCUGUUAAACAGAAAGAAGAGAAGCUAGAGCCAGAGGUUAAUGAACCCGAAGAAAGCCAGAGGGAAACAGAAGUCAUCCCAAAAGAACAAGAACCACCUGAAUUGGAAGUGCCUCAGCCCAUCAGCAGGCAGGACAGCACUGGCAGUGGGAGGGAAAGCCCUCAGCCUCUUCCAGACAGUGAGAAUGAUUCAGGAUCUCAGCCUCGGCCUGCACCCAGUGGCUACUCAAAACAGUUCCAGAAGUCACUACCACCACGAUUUCAGAGGCAGCAGGAGCAGAUGAAACAACAACAGUGGCACCAGCAGCAGCAGGGUGUACUUCAGCAGACGGCUCAGUCUCCAACUUCCAGUGGACCUGUGCCUCCCCCACAACACAGGCCACUUUACCAGCCACUUGGCCCUCAUCCACAGCAUUUGCCCCCCAUGGGCUUUGACCCUCGGUGGCUGUUAAUGCAUUCCUACAUGGAACCUCGGAUGAUGGCUGGAAGAGCACCCAUUGAUAUGGCACCUUUGCAUCCUGGCUUAAUGCCUCCUAAACAGCUAUUGAGACGUGACCAGAUGGAGAGUUCUGGAUCUGCGACUGAUAACUUUGACCAUCUGGCAAGACCAGUCCAAGAACAUGGCAUGCCUUUGACAGAGCCUCGCAUGAUGUGGGGCUCUGAGCCAUACCCUCAUCUUGAACCCCAGCAAGCUGCAUCACCACCUAGAGUGUCUGAGGAGCCAGAGGAUCUAAGGCAUGAAUUGGCAGUGGAGCAAGAGAGGAGAACACCUUCUGCUUACAUACUGGACCAUGGUCAGCUUGAGUCUCAAGCCAAGGGAGACUUUUUCAGAGAACGCGGGGAAACAGAUAUUCGACAGUUUUCAGGUCGUCCGUCAGAAGAUCCUCAAAUUCUUCAGUCAGAAAAAGAUACAAAACCUGUUUGCUUUGAGGCUAUUGUUGAAAAAUGUAGCCCUCAUAGCUCCAUAGAAGAACUGUUUAUUACAGGUGAAGGCAAGCCUGAUUUAAAGAGAAGCAUUUCGUAUGGGUCCAAUAGCUCUUUGAGACUUGAAGAGAAAAACACUGAAGCCCAGGCUAAUGCUGCCAAACUACAGAACUGGGCUGCUGAAAUGACAGAGCAAAAUAAAACUGAGGACAAGUCUGUUAAAGAGAACUUUUCAAAUAAGUUGUCUGAAGGCCCCAAAAGUGACAAGAUGUUCAAAAUGAAAUCUGAGACCCGUUGGGGUCCCAGACCAGGCUCCAUUAGGAGGGACGAAACUGGGGAGAGGCCCCUACGACGCUCAGGCCCCAUUAAGAAGCCUGUGCUAAGAGAUAUGAAAGAAGAGCGUGAACAACGGAAGGAGAAAGAAGGCGAGAAACAGGUUAAUCAUAAAGGCCACAAAUCUGAGAAAAUGGAAAAGAAAGAUCAGUCUCGGUCUCUUGUUAGGGCAGACCAGGAAAAAUCUUUAGACAAUGCUUCCUUAGCGAAAGUAUCACAAGGUAUGGGUCAGUCUGUGGAGAGUGCAGAACCUCCAAAUGACAGGAGUCCAUGUUCUGCCAGUCAACAAGUUGCUUCCCUUCCUGUUCUAGAAGAAAAAACAGAUAAGCCUUCAGGCAAGGAUCAUAACUUGGAAAGACCAUAUUCUGAUGUGAGAUCUACCAGGAAAGAAUCUGGCUUGCCUCAAAGAUCUUACCGUAGAGAUUCUAGAGACACUAGACAAGGUGGUCGAGAGAUUAGGGAUAUCCGAGACAGCCGGAAUACUAGAGAUUAUAGAGACCUCAGAGAGAGGGAUAUCAGAGAUACUAGGGAUAUGAGAGAGUCCCAUGAUGCUUCUGAUUUUAGGGAAUCUGAGCGAAAAGAUAUCCGAGAAUUUAGAGAUUUCAGGGAUUCAAGGGAUGCUUCAGAGAACAAAAGUAUGAGGGAGUCACGAGAUAACAGGAAUUGUAGGGAUAUACGAGACAGCAGAGAUAUUCAAGAGUCUCGGGAUGCCAGAGAGAAUAGAGAUCUCUAUGAAAACAGGCCUGUAAAAGAUUUCCGUGAUUCUAGAGAAGCUAGGGAACAUAAAGAUUCCAGAGAUAUCCGGGAACAGAGAGAGUCCAAAGAGAACAGAGAGACUCGCAUUUCUAAUGAUGCUGUGGAAGGAAGAGAAAUUGUGGAAUCUAGAAAUUCCCAAGAUGGCGGGGAAGUUCGAGAUGUUCGAGAUACACAUGAGAAAAAAGACCUUCAUGAGCCACGUGAUGCCCAAGAGAGGGAUGCUGUAGUUUCUAGGAAUGAAAGUAAAGAUAUCCGAGAAAAGAGAGAUGUACGAGAAACUAGAAGUAACCGAGAAAGCAGGGAUAUCAGGGAGCCCCGGGAUAACAGGAGUGGGAGAGAUUCCAGAGAUGCUAGGGAAAACAGGGAUGCAAGAGACAACAGAGAUUCUAGAGACAGAGAAAACAGGGAUAUCCGCGAUCCCCGUGAUUACAGAGAUAUCAGAGACAAGGACAUAAGAGAUAACAGGUUCUUUCGAGAUCGAGAUUUCAGAGAUUCUAGAGAAACCAUUCGUGAUUCCAGGGAUUUCCAGGAUGCUCGAGAUACUAGAGAUAGAGAUUUGUUCCCUGAUCAGGGAUACAGAGGUAGAGGACGAGGGGAGUAUUACUCUCGAGGACGCAGCUAUAGGGGUUCAUAUGGUGGUCGUGGAAGGGGAGGAAGAGGUCGUAGCAGAGACUACUCUAAUUACAAGGACUCCAGGCCUAGGUCAGAGCAGCACUCCGGAGGAGCAUUUAGACAGAGGGAGGAAAGUGAGACUCGAAGUGAAAGUUCUGACUUUGAAAUUGUACCUAAACGGCGUCGACAGCGUGGUUCUGAAACUGAUUCUGAUAGUGAUCCUCGAGAAAGUGCAAGUGAUACACCUUUCUCUGACAAAGAAAGUGUAAAUAAAGAAAAAUGCCUCAAGAAAGAGGAUCGAACUGAAAAGAGAUCAAGGCCAGUGCACAAAUCUGAAUCUGCUGCAAAAGUGGACAGUAGGCCAUUGGAUAAACUUGCAUUGAAAGAUGAUGAGAUGAGAACAAAGCAGGGAUUUUUCCCUAAAGGUGAACCUUCUAGACGUGGUAGAGGAGGUGUCUAUAGACGGGGUACAAGAGAGCCUGGGGGACGACCUCCAAGGUCUGCUGCACUGAAGAGAGCAGGUUACAGGGAAACACAGUGGGGACCCAAGCAAGGAGAUGGCCUUAAAGUAGAAAACAGUGAACCACGACAUGAAUUAUUUGGGCCAUUACCUAAUGAGAGGAGACCUCCCAAACUGGAGAGAAAAUUUGAUCAAGGCAGGGAAAGACCUCGUAGGCAAAGACCAGCCCGACCACCUAGGCAAGACAAGCCUCCAAGAUUUAGACGUCUGAAAGAAAGGGAAGCAGCUGCAAAAGUAAAUGACACUGUAGCCGGUUCAGCAUCAGGUGCUGCACCAAGCAGCAUUGCUUCUGAACCAGCAAAUGAAAGUUCAGAAGUUACUGGAAGUAAGACACCAGACCUGUCCAACCAGAACUCUUCAGAUCAAGCAAAUGAAGAGUGGGAGACUGCUUCUGAAAGUAGUGACUUUAAUGAGCGUCGAGAGAGGAGUGAGAAAAAAUUGGCAGAUGCUCAUGCCCAGUCGGCAGCAAAAGCAGGGGAGAGUUCUGCACCCCCAAAAAGAGAGACUGCAAAGAGAAGCUUUUCUAGUCAGCGGCCUGGGGUUGAUCGCCAGAAUAGACGAGGCAAUAGUGGGGCGGCUAAGUCUGGAAGAAAUUUUCCUGGAAACAAAGAACGACGGGGUGGUGGAACAAAAGGUGGAAGACGAGGGCUUUUUGAAGACCAAAGCGCGAGUAUGAUUGGUAUUGAUCCUGCCAGCAGCCAUAUCAUUGGGAGUCAUUCCGAAGAUGCAGGAGUUGGGAGCUCAGCACCAAGAGGACAGAAGGACGGCAGCAGCAGGAGGAAAGAAGACUCUAAAUCUGCUCUUAAGAAGCCUAAAGAGAAGGCUGAUGCUCUGUCACAGUUUGACCUGAAUAACUAUGCAAGUGUUGUGAUAAUUGAUGACCAUCCAGACACAACAGCUGAAGAUCCUCAAUCCAGUAUGAAUGAUGAUGGCUUCACAGAGGUGGUAUCUAGAAAGCAGCAGAAAAGACUUUUGGAUGAAGAACGUCGGAAGAAGGAAGAACAGUGUAUUCAAAACUGGAGCAAGAAAAGUUCGAAUGAAAAAGGAAGAGGUCAGAAUUCAAAGCUACCACCAAGAUUUGCAAAGAAGCAACAGCAGCAGGCAGCCCAUGUGCAGCCUCAGACUCAGCUACAGCCUCCACCUCCUCAGCUGCAAGUUCCAGUUCCUCCACCUGCCCCAGUGCAGACUCCACCUCAGACGCCAGUUUCAGCUCCACAGCAGGUGCAAGUGCAAACCCAGUCACAAGCUCCGGUGCAAGUCCAAGCUGCUGCUCAGCCAUCAUCUCCAGUCUCAACACAGCCCCCGCCCUUGCCCCCGACACCAGGAGGGGCAAUUCCAGCAAGCAGCACAGACUACACGGUACCUGCCAAGCCUUUGCCUGCCACACAGGCUCAUAGUACCUUGGGAACAGAAUUGUGGGAAAACAAAAUGCCUUCUACCACUGUAAUAACUGAUAUCACCAAGAAGUUGGGUCCUAUAAGUCCGCCACAGCCUCCUUCAGUUAGUGCAUGGAACAAGCCUCUGACUUCAUUUGGAUCAGCAUCCAUUCCUGAGGGACACAAGGCUGGCCAGGAUGCACCAGUUGAAUUGGGAAUUGAAGCUAUCCAGUUUGGAGCUCCAGCUUCAGCCACUGUUUCUGAAAGUGAAGUUGUGACUGCUCUACCUGAGAAAGUUGUCGAUGGCAAAUUUCCUGAACCCAAGGAACAGAGGCAGAAGCAGCCCCGUGCAGGGCCUAUCAAAGUGCAAAAGCCUGAUUUGGGACCUUUAGAGAGCAAGGAAUAUAAGCCUGGUCCCAUUGGGAAAGAGCGUUCUAUGAAAAACAGGAAAGUAAAAGAAGUUCAGCAGGCUGAUACUGAUGUUCCAGAAAAGGCGGGUCCUGCAGCUGUGAGAAGUCUUGACCCUGUUGUGACCAAGGAAUCCAAAGUUGUGACAGAGCUUGGUAAUGAAAUGGAAUCUAUGAUAGCAGUGCCUUCUGCAGAAUAUGGAACCAAUCCAAAGGAAUCUAUUACAGGUUAUAGCAACCCUCAGAGUGUACUGGCCCAUGAGUCAGCACCAAGUUCAACCCCACUGACUCCGUCCCCUGUACCAAAUGUGCCCUUGCCCCACACCCUUCCCCUCCCCAGGAGGGAGACUCUUCAACAGAGCUCCAGCCUGACGCCAGUCUCUCCCGCUACUGUCGACCUCACCCUCAAGAUGGAAUCUGCACGCAAGGCAUGGGAAAAUUCACCAAGUGUGGCAGAGAAGAGUUCUCCAGUUACAUCUACAGCAGCGCCCAUCACCAUGACCAAUGGCAGUUCAGCGAGCAGUGUUACCUACAGCUCUUUCUCAAGUGCAUCCAUGCAAGCAAUACCUGUUGCGUCAGUUACACCUACAACUUCCUUAACAGGAGGUGCAACCUACACAACUUCAUCCUUGAGCACCAAGACAACUAGCACAUCAGACCCGCCAAACAUCUGUAAAGUUAAGCCUCAGCAGCUACACUCCAGUAGUAUGGCGUCCGCUAAUCAUUUCUCCCAGCUGGGGUGUGUGCAGUCCCUCAUCUCUCAACAGCAGAGUCCUCAAAUGUAUGUCUCUCAGUCUGCAGCAGGUCCUGCAGCUCAGAUUCCUACCUUCUAUAUGGACACACCCCAUCCUCUGUUCAGCACACAGCACCCACGUUUGGCACAGCAGCAGAGUUUCCAACCAGGACUGUCCCAGUUUUUAAACUAUUUCUUACUUUUGUGCCAGCCAACUGCAAUGCAGCCUAUUUCCAUCCCCAUGUACGCCCCCCUGCAAGGGCAGCAUCAGGCCCAGUUGAGUCUUGGAGCAGCACCUCCUGUCUCCCAAGCACAGGAGCUGUUUAACUCUACUCUGCAGUCAUACCGGUCCCAGCAGGCGUUCAUGCAGAGCAGUUUAUCCCAGGCUUCACCCAUGCUUCUGUCCAGUACAGCUCUGCACAAUUUUUCAGCAGUGCAAGCUACUGAUCUGGCCAAAGCACAGUCGGGCCUUGCCUUUCAGCAGACGUCCAACACUCAGCACAUCCCCAUCCUGUAUGAACCACCUCUAAAUCAGGCGUCUGGUUUGGGGGGCUCCCAGCUUCUUGAUACUCAUCUGAUUCAGGCGAGACAGGGCCUUCCCCAGCCAUCAACGCUCUACGCAAGCCAAGUGCAGCAGGCUGGACAGAGCAGCUUUUACAACACCGCUCAGUCACCCAAUGCUGCUCUACAGCAGGUUACCUUGCCUUUACCAGGUUCACAGCUAUCCCUGCAGAACUUUGGAUCAACUACAGGGCAGCCUCUCAUCGCUUUGCCUCAGUCCUUGCAGCCACAACUGCAAGCUGCUCAACAGCAGGGCCCAACACCGAGCAUGAGUAGACAGGCUCCAGUCAACCAGCCUUACCGAGGACACUUUCCCGGAGGAAGUCCGCUUGGCAUGAUCCCUGGGCCUGCCAAGAUUGCAGAUAUGGAGUUGAAACCUUUUGGUACUGGUAUGGAUGUUAAACCAGGCACUCCACCCAUCAGCGCUAGAAGCACUACUCCUAAUUCCAGUCCUUUCAGGGUGAGUUCUACUAGUCCUAACAGUCAGUCCAGUAAGAUGAACAGCGUUGUCUACCAAAAGCAGUUUCAGUCUGCAGCUGCAAGCCUUCGGCUGACCCAGUCAUUUCCUGGCCAGUUCCCUCCCCAGGAGUAA